AUGAUGCUGGGGCUACAAUACAACCAUACAACGGCGUCUCCUGCCAGCUUCUUCCUUGUGGGUGUCCCAGGGUUGCAGUCCUCACAUCUUUGGCUGGCCAUCUUGCUGACUGCUAUGUACUUCGUGGCCCUGCUGGGAAACAUCCUCAUUAUGACCGUCAUCUGGAUGGAUUCCAAUCUACAAGAGCCGAUGUACUGGCUCCUGUGUGUUCUGGCUGCUGUGGACAUUGUCAUGGCUUCUUCUGUAGCACCCAAGAUGGUGUGCAUCUUCUGUGCAGGAGACAGCUACAUAAGCUUUAAUGCUUGUUUCACUCAGAUGUAUUUUGCCCAUGCGGCCACAGCGGUGGAGACUGGGCUGCUGCUGGCCAUGGCUUUCGAUCGUUACAUAGCCAUCUGCAAGCCCCUACACUACCAGAGAAUCCUCACCCCGCACACGAUGUUGGGAAUGGCUGUGGUCAUCGUUGUCAGAGCAAUCUUAUUUAUGACUCCAUUGAGCUGGAUGGUGAGUCAUCUUCCUUUCUGUGGCUCCACUGUGAUUCUCCAUUCCUACUGUGAGCACAUUGCUGUGGCCAAGUUGGCAUGUGCUGACCCGAUGCCCAGCAGUCUCUACAGUCUGAUUGGGUCUUCCAUUAUUGUGGGCUCUGAUGUGGCCUUCAUUGCUGCCUCCUAUAACCUGAUUCUCCGGGCUGUAUUUGGUCUUUCCUCAAAAAAUGCUCAGUUGAAAGCAUUAAGUACAUGCGGUUCCCACAUGGGGGUUAUGGCUCUAUAUUACCUACCGGGAAUGGCAUCCAUCUAUGUGGCUUGGCUAGGGAAAGACUUAGUACCCUUGCAUACUCAAGUGUUGCUAGCAGAUCUAUACCUGGUCAUCCCACCCACCCUAAACCCCAUCAUCUAUGGCCUGAGGACCAAACAAAUACGGGAGCGAAUAUGGGGUUUACUAAGGCAUUACCUCUUUGACCAUGUCAAUCUGGGUUCAUGA